AGGAGCCACAAGGUACAUAAAGUUCUUAAAAUUAGCGCUACUAGGAGCCACAAGAUAUAAACAGUAUACUGUUCAAAAUAUAACGAAUUCUUUUUGUUUGGAUUAAAUAAUAUUGAUUACUUUUUUCGAGGGAUAUCAAAACAGUGAUUUUAUAUGCAAAAAUUAACUGAAAAUGUAAGAUAACAAAAAGAAGUAGCAGAAGAGUUUAAUGAAUUAAUGGAUUGUUCUUGUAUCGAUUCAUAUAGAAGAAAAGUUUUAAAAGAAUAAAAUUAUCAAGCCAGUGAUAAGGUAAUACUAAGGACAACUCAUAUGUUAUAGAAUUAUUAUAUAUUUUUAUUAUAAACAUUGUUGAGGUUUGUAAAUUUUUUAUGAACCCUAAAAUUUUUAUCGAUAUACUCUUUUGCAAAACUUAAUGAAUCAGAAGAACAGCAGUAUUAAAAAUAUCAGAAUAUAAGUAUUGAAACCACCAAUAAGAAAUUACAAUCAAAGUUACAUACAUCUGAUAAUACUGUAAGUGAAAAUUGCAGCUUAUUAGAUCAUAAUAGUAUAUCCUCGUUUGAUAUGAGGUAUACCUUAAAAAGAGUUUCAAAAUCAAAGAUGGGAUUAAAAUCUCCAAAAUUAUGCUCAAAAUCUAGAAAUCCAAUAUUACUAAAAUCAAAGAUUCCUACUAUUACAGAUUUGCAUUGCACUAGUAGCAAAAGAAGCUCACAACUAGAAAACAGUACAAAUAUACUUAUGAGCAAAAUGUUAAGAAAAAAUGCAUUUAAAUUGAAGAAACCUAUAGUAUUACUGAAAAGACUUUCUGACAUUAUUAAAGUUACAUCAUCUUCAUCACUACCUAGGAUAAGCAUACAUAUAAAUGAUCAAUUUAGCAAUAGUAAUAUAAAUAUUUCGCAGAAGAUAUUUGAUGCCAUAUUUAAUCAUUCUCAGACUAUAAGUCAUGAUAAACUUAAACAAAUAAAUAUAUCAUAUAAGUCGCAAACGCAUUUUCUCGAAACAUCUCCGCAUAAUAAAAUGAUUAGAACAUUUGAUAAUGUAAGUACAGCAUUUGUGGAACCCUUUACGUCUUCUACACCAAAGGAGAAAGGAAUAUUUAAUAGAACGAAUAAUAAACGUAAUACAAAACAGAUAUCAUAUAAUGACGACACAACUUAUGAAUUAAACGAACAAUGCAGUACAUUAAACGUUCAAAAAAGUAUUGCAUCAACAACAGAAGAAAAACAAGGGGAAGUAAAAAAAGAUGAUACCUAUGAACUUAUUGAACCUAAGACUCCAAAUUUACGGAAAAAACUAUACAAAAAACAAAGAACUGAGUAUGAAAAUUUUGAUCAAAAGAUACGGAAAACGGAUGCCAGAGUAUGUUUUGCAAACUGUUCAUUGGAUUAUAAAUAUAAUUCAUCUUUAGCAGAUCACAAUAAACAGAAAAAACUUAAUAAUGUUAAGAAUAAUUCAUCUAAAAACAGUUCAAAAAAGAAUAUUAUGAAGUCGCUGACUAGAGAUUUUAGUAAAAAAUCAAAUUCCAUCCCCGAAAUUGUAGUAACAACACCAUCCCGCAAUCAAAUUCCAGAUUCAAAGCCUGCUACAACGAAGAAAGUUCCAAAUUUCGCUAAAAUCCAUAAGAAAAUAUUUGCCAAAGCAGAGUCUAUUAUUGAUGCAAGGAAACGAGUAAUAGACAGAUAUACUGAAUUGACCACAAGAAAUGAAAAGACUAACUCACGGGGUGAAAAUCAGUUAUCUAAUAUAUUAAAUAAAAAUUCUUACAAUCAAUCUAAAUUAAAAAUAAGAAAAUUGGAAGCUACCGAUUGUAUCAUGAGAAAUAAUACUUUACGAGUAACAAGAAACAAAGAGCAAAGCAGAGCUAUUUUGAAGGGUGUACGAACAAACCGACGUUUUGAACUUCAGAUGAAUUUUAGGAAUAUGAACCAAUAAAAUAAAUAUAAUUAUGUUAGGUAAUUUAUAUUAUCAUAAGAGAAGCUCUUGUACUAUUUAUUUCAUUAUGCUCUCUAAUAUCAAUAAAUUAAUAAUAAAUGAAUGUAACAUACGUCUAUAACUGUU